AUGGCAGGUUGUGCCUAUUGUCACGAAAGAGAAAGAAAUGAGAAAAAAUACGAAGAAGAAAUUAGAAAAGAACAGAUGAUGGAAUGCAAAAAGGCGUUGGAAAGAGAGAAAAUUGCUAAAGGUAUGCAAUGUACAAGAUUAGACGAAAUUCAGUUAAGAGCAAUGCAAAAAUUGCAAAUGGAAGAAAAGAAACAAAUAGAACAGGAGGCAGAAGAAAUGGAAAACAUGUGGCAUCACAUUCUACUAGAUAAUGUUAUAAAAAAGGAAGAAAGAGAAAGAAGAGAAGCAAAUAGGUUAAGACAAGAGAUGCUUGAACGUAGAAAAGCAUACGACGAACAAAUUGCCAAUGCAAAAAGAGAGAGACAAGAAGCCUUUAAAAAUGAAAGGGAUGAAGAAAACAAAAGGCUGGAGAAGAUGAAACUGAGGAUUGAACAAGAAUAUUAUGACGCUAUAAAACACAAGAGGGAACAGCAAACGGCCAACAGAUUAAAUUUUAUAAAGGGUCAUGAAAUGAAACUGUCAAGACUGAAAAACGAGAAGAACCAAGAAAGAGAAAUCGAUGCAAACUACAUUAGAGUAGCGAAAGAAGGGCUAAAAAAAGAAAGACAAAAGCAAAAAAAUAAAAUACGAGCGUUAAAACAAGAAGAAUUAGUUUUCGUGGAUCACCAUAAUCGCGAAAGAAAAGUGGCUGCAGAUUUAGAAAACGAAACAAACAAAAUUAUUCAAGAAUAUAAAACAAAAGCUGAAAAAGAAAACGAUGAACAUACAAUACAAGAAGAAAUUGUCAAGAAAAUAGAAAGAGAGAAAGCUCUGCAAAAUUACAAACAAUAUUUAGAAGAAUUAAACCGCCAAAAUAAAAAAGAACGAAUAGAAAGAAGAGAGCAGAUGGAACGAGUUAAAAAAACAGCGUACUUGGAAUUACAACGAAGAUUGAAUAGCGCUAAUGAGGAAUUAAAAAAACAAAUCGAAUAUAGAAAUAUGCUGACAAACCAAAUAAAAAAUAACCAGAAGAUUUUGGAAACUGAAUUACAAAAUGUCGAAUGUAAACAACGCCCUUUUACGAAGGAAGCCAUUAUGUUCAAAGAGGCCAUGAGAGACAAAGUCAAUAUUCAUUUAGAUGGAGAGAGCACAAACCCCAUUCAUCCCUUCAGAAAAAUGAUACAGCGUCAUCAAAAGUUCGGACAACCUUUACUUCCGGAUAUAAAAAGUUACACAAAAUAA